GUGUGAUGGACUCGGGCAUAAAAAGUUGUUGCGUUUGAAGCUACGGAGCUUCCAGUAAAAGACGGUGGAGAAAUGGGGAUUCAAAGUCGUCACAGAGCACAUCGCUGCUUUGAAAUCCAUUUUCUGCCGGAACCGUUUGAUGGCCCAGGUCCACGCGCUCCCAGCUCUGUGUCACGUCUGAAACUCGCGCAUUUGAAGAGUCCUGAUGUGAUGUGAAAGUCGACGGCUCGUGACCUCGCGACCACAACCAUAUUAAAAUGCUGUCACGCGCAGCCACAAGUGGACCUGGGAUUUAUCAAGUUCCCUGCAGUUGAGCAGGAGUUGUGCCAGCCUCCUCCUCCUCCUCCUCCUCUUUCUCCUCUUUCUCCUGCAGAGACACGGAACUCAGAAUCGACGGAGAAGAACUGAGCAAAUGAUCUACUUUUCCCCUGUACUUCCAGGGCGGUAACGAUCAGAGGGUCUCGACACUCCGCACGCAGCCAUCGAGCGAGCUGCGGCCGCCCGCUUUGCCAUCAUUAAGCGUGAAAACAGAGGCUGUGAUUAAGAGGGGGCUUCCCCGGCAGAUGAUGCCCUUUCCUGCGGGCCGCUGAGGAGCAGCGUCGACCCCUCGCUCCUUCCACUACUUUGUUGUUGUUGUCUUUGUACGGCUGAUGCGAACAUGAUGGACGGUUCUCUCUGCCGCCCAGCGGGUAUCCUCGGCGCCCCCCCGGCCACCGGGAGCCAGUCCGCGGGCUCAGACAUGCUCACCUCCGGCGGCAGCACCAAACCUCUCGCUUUCUCCAUCGACCGGAUUAUGGCCAGGACACCCGAACCCAAGUCGAUACCGCUCAGCACCUGGUUCCAGACCUCUCCCGUGGGGAAGCCCGACAUGUGUCCGUCCUCACUGCACUGCAUGAUCCCGCUGGUACCGCUCGGGUAUGAGGCAGGCCACCGACUCAGCAUCAGCGGGCUGGAUCCGGGCCACUUGGACGGCUCUCACCUGCCGGCUCCUGUAGACAUUUUGGGAUUCGGGUUGAAUUACCGAACCCAGCAGGAGGACUCCGUUGUGAGCCAAAGCAGCGGUCAGUACAAACUUUUCAGACCGCGGGUGGUGAACCAGUCCUCCCUCUCCACCGUGGGCACCAUGUGCUACCUGAACUGCACUGGCGAUGGAGGGGCCUGCGCCCCGCCGGCCGGCCUGGUUAACCUGCACCCGAUGGCCUCGUACCUCCUCACCGCCCGACACAAAGCCCUCAUCGCGGAAAAGAGCAAACACCAGGGCGGAGAGCGCUACUCGGUGUCCGGGGUGCAGGCCUUCAAGCAGCUCUCUCCCAGCCAGAUCCAGCACUACAUGAAGGAAAGGGAUCAAAUGCUCACGGACAAGAUGUUUAAAGGUUCCCCGGCAGCAGCGGCCCGACUGAGCGGCUCCUGUUCCGGCAGCAAACCCAAAGUGUUCACCUGCGAGGUCUGCGGAAAGGUGUUUAACGCGCACUACAAUCUGACCCGGCACAUGCCCGUGCACACUGGCGCGCGGCCGUUCAUCUGCAAAGUUUGCGGGAAAGGGUUCCGUCAGGCCAGCACGCUGUGCCGACACAAGAUCAUCCACACUCAGGAAAAACCUCACAAGUGUAACCAGUGUGGGAAAGCCUUCAACCGGAGCUCCACGCUCAACACGCACACUCGGAUCCAUGCAGGGUACAAACCGUUUGUGUGCGAGUUCUGUGGGAAAGGAUUCCACCAGAAAGGAAACUACAAGAACCACAAGCUGACACACAGUGGAGAGAAGCAGUUCAAGUGCUCCAUCUGCAGCAAGGCGUUCCACCAGGUGUACAACCUCACCUUUCAUAUGCACACUCACAAUGACAAGAAGCCAUUCACCUGCCCCACCUGUGGCAAAGGCUUCUGCAGGAACUUUGACCUGAAGAAACACAUCAGAAAGCUGCAUGACCCAGCUGGGGCGCCCUCGCCCCUGCAGUCCUGAAAUCCUUCUAAUCUAUGACAAACUGAAUCCCGCUCCUGGGCUGUUGAGGACAGGCUCAGAAAUGAGUAGCCUGUGUUCAGGUCUGUGCACUUUCUCUGCUCUAGUCCUUGUUAAUUAGCACUGACUCUGAAAUGCUCUGAAAAAUAAAGUAUUGUAGUGGUUUUGUUCCCUUGUUUUACGCUGCGUAUGCUGCCCUCUGCUGUUUAAAUUGGCAGUUUGAACCUGCUAAUGACUCAAUCCAGCAGUUUUACCUUCAGCACAGUCAUGGAGCCGUCCAAAGAAUUGACUUUAAUUCUCUACAUGGCAAAGUGUGUAUGAAUCCGUUCCACAGAACAUAUUUUACCUCAAUAUUGUCCUUUUGUUCCCUCAAAAUGAAAAUAAAAAAAUCAGUAUUAUUGAUUCAAGCCUCCCUGAAUCAGUAUUUGCUGUAUUGAUGAUUCCUAACCAAUGCCACUGGAUAAUGUUUCAUCUCAUCAAAGAUAAGAUAGUAAAGCCUGCUUCAGUAGUACUUCAAAGUCUUCUUUGUCUUAUUACUUCUGCAAUGCUCUGACUCAGAGACCACACCAUGUGACGCUCUGGUUUCAGCUUGCGCCCCGCUGGCCUCCUCCCUUUUGCUGCCCAUUCCUUGACCAUGGGAACAAAAAAAAAGGCAGUGAGGGGGGGUCUUAACCCCUCCAGGCCCUGCAGUGACCUUCCAGGCCUAAUAUGGACUGACCAGUACCUCUGGCCCAGACAGCUCUCUGGCCCACUGAACACUGAACUUAACAUUCAUGAGGCAAUUAUUCAAAAACUCAAACAUUUGCAUAAUUAGUAAUGCAAAUUGUUUUCUUUUAAUUUCAAUCAGAUGACAGGAGAUGGGACAGUUAUGCUAAGAUCAGAGAUGUGGCAUAAAGAAAGACAUGCAUAAAAAGUUUGUGAAUAAGAACUAUUUUCACUCUAUACCUCAUUACAAACACAGAGCCAGUGUAUUCUACUGAGAUUUCAUGAACUAGACCAAGACAGGUGUGGAAAAUUGUGACAUGGAGAGAACACUAUACAUGGUUUUCACAAACAAAACGUAUUAAACUGGUAGAUAUGUUUACAUUCCUCUCCCUGAGUCAAUAUUUUACAGAACCACCUUUUGUCACAGUUACAGCUACAGGGUGGGGGGACAAGGGGACUGGUA